CCGGAACCCAGAUGCGAUCUCACCACCGCGCGCCCUUUCUCCUCCUGCUGCGCGCGCUCACGCGCUCACACUUCACGCGAGCGGAGAAAUCAAAACACAACCAUCUACACUGAGAUGAACUGAGAAACCAUCGAAAAACCAUCGCGACUUAACGGACGAAUGUCCAGCAACAAGCCCUCGCGGCGUUCCUCUAUCCGUGGAAGCAAAAGGAGCGGGACGGACAGCAAUUUUCGCGUCAGAGUUUGUGCGUUUCACGGAGCGUUGUGAUAUUUUACUCGAGAACUUUUAAAAACAACUUUGGACCGAAUUCUGUCUGGAGUUGGACGUUAUUUAACGUUAGAUCACAUCCCGCCUGGUGCGCGAGAGCUUUUGAGGAGCUAACGUUAUCUACUGAAGACUGAAAACCAUGGAUUUAUUCCUUAAUUUAACGGUAGAACUUUGAUAAACCGUCCGAAAUUGCGUGUAGCAGCUGCUUUGCGGUCUUUCCCAGCAUUUCUUGUUAAGGAAAAUAUCUAUUGUUGUCCUGGGAGACACAUUUUUUUGCUGUGACAGGACGCGUUUGCAGAGCCAAAUAUGUCAGUCCAUGAUGAAGAAGAGGAAACUCGACUGAUUCUCUGAGGGGAAAACACAUCUUUAUUAGCUCUUUACUUACUGUACGUCAUUUAUUUGAGUGUAGCCUACCUAUAAUUUAGCUCAAUAAGUGAAAUCAUUUCGUAAUACAAAAUCUAAUAUAACAAAUAUAGUGCAACAUGCCGAGCUGUUUGUAGCACUCAAUCUCAAACCAGCUGGAUUUGAUUCGUUAUUAAAAGUUGUUAAUCGUGUAUCCUGAGAUAAAACAUUCCCACAUAAUUGACCUUUGGUAGUUUAGAGCUCUUUGAACUGCAGAGACGAACUGGGAUAAUUUCACGUCAGCUUUAUCUUGGCACUUUUUUAUUUGCGUGCGCCAGACAGACAGAUUUCUACUCUAUUUUGCCAUCAUUCUGCUUAAUUUCUGUCAAUAUGGAGGAGUGGAGGCAGUGCGGUCGCUGGUUGAUAGACUGUAAGGUUUUGCCCCCGAAUCACCGGGUUGUUUGGCCCUCAGCGGUCGUGUUCGACCUGGCCCAGGCUCUCAGAGAUGGGGUGCUCCUGUGCCAGAUGCUACACAAUCUGUCUCCUGGAUCCGUGGACCUAAAGCAGAUCAACUUCAGGCCUCAAAUGUCACAGUUUCUGUGUCUGAAGAACAUCCGGACAUUCCUGAAAGUGUGCCAUGAUAAGUUCGGCCUGAGGAACAGCGAGCUGUUUGAUCCCUUCGAUCUGUUUGACGUGAGGGACUUUGGGAAGGUGAUCUCUGCGCUGUCCAGAAUAUCCCACAACAGCAUUGCACAGAUCAAAGGCAUCAGGCCGUUUCCAUCAGAGGACACUGCGCUGAAUGAAGAUGAUGUGUACCGGAGCUUGGAGGAGUUGGCUGAUGAGCACGAUGUGGGAGAGGACGACAUAUAUGACUGUGUCCCCUGCGAGGAUGAUGGGGACGACAUCUACGAGGACAUCAUCAAGGUGGAGGUUAGACAGCCCAUGAUCAGAUACAUGCAGAAAAUGGGCAUGACAGAAGAUGAUAAGAGAAACUGCUGCUUGGUGGAGAUUCAGGAGACUGAGGCAAAGUACUACAAGACACUGGAGGACAUUGAGAAGAAUUAUAUGAUCCCCCUGAAGCAAGUCUUAUUGCCACAGGAGAUGGAGGCCAUAUUUGUAAAUUUAGAGGACAUCAUCAGGGUCCAUUUUGCUUUGUUGAGGGCCAUUGACCUGACCAUGAUAAGCGGGGGCAACGGUCUGGGAAAGAUCUUUCUGGACUACAAGGAGAGACUGCUCAUCUACGGCCAGUACUGUAGCCAUAUGGAGAAUGCCCAGAAGACACUGGAUGAGCUAAUUGCCACACGGGAAGAUGUCAAGUGUAAAGUGGAG